UACUAUCAACAAACGAAUCAGUACAAAAAUACCCUCCACUACACUAAUGCCACCUUUACUGCCUUAUUUACCAUUGAAUGUAUGCUUAAGAUUACCGCUUUUGGCUGUAAGAACUUCUUUAAGGACUCCUGGAACACAUUCGACUUUAUCACCGUCUGUGGCAGUGUAGUCGACGCACUGGUCAUGGAGAUCACCCUCAGUGCGUUCAACUUUAUCUCCGUCGGCUUUUUGAGGCUCUUUCGUGCGGCCCGACUGAUCAAGCUCCUUCGGCAGGGGUACACCAUUCGCAUCCUCCUCUGGACCUUCAUACAGUCCUUCAAGGCGCUGCCCUACGUCUGUCUGCUCAUUGCUAUGCUCUUCUUCAUCUACGCCAUCAUUGGCAUGCAGGUGUUUGGAAACAUUGCCAACGUGCCGGAGAUCAAUCCCGGGUCUGCCAUUAACCGGCACAACAAUUUCCGUACCUUUAUACAGGGGCUGAUGUUGCUCUUCAGGUGUGCCACGGGCGAGUCCUGGCAGGCGAUCAUGAUGUCCUGCCUGGGUGGGAAAAAGUGCGACCCCAAGUCGAAGCAGGAAAAUCCGAACAGCUGUGGCUCUGACCUUGCCUUCUACUACUUUGUCACCUUCAUCUUCCUCUGCUCCUUCUUGAUGUUGAAUCUGUUCGUCGCCGUCAUCAUGGACAACUUUGACUACCUGACGCGAGACAGCUCCAUCCUCGGCGCCCACCACCUGGACGAGUACAUUCGCGUGUGGGCGGAGUACGACCCAAAUGCCACCGGGUACAUUCACUACUCGGAGAUGUACGACAUGCUGCGCAACAUGGACCCGCCGCUCGGCUUCGGCAACAAGUGCCCCUACCGGCUCGCCUACAAGAAGCUGAUUCGCAUGAACAUGCCCGUCACCGAGGAGGGCAAGGUGAACUUCACCACCACGCUCUUUGCCCUCAUUCGCGAGAACCUCAGCAUCAAGAUGCGCCCCGCCGAGGAGAUGGACCAGGCGGACAAGGAGCUGCGGCACACGCUGACGAAGCUGUGGCCGCUGCAGGCGAAGAAGAUUAUCGACAAGUUGAUUCCGCCCAAUUUAGAGCUUCGCAAUGGCCGCCUGACGGUGGGUAAAAUCUACGCCGGCUUUCUCAUUCUGGAGAACUGGAAGACGACCCGUUUUGGCCAGAUUCCCGGUGUCGGCCUUUCG